AAUCUAAUUAUUGUUAAAGAUAAUUCCAGGUAUUUUGCAUUUGUCCUUCGUCAAUACGGACCAUCUGUUAUAAAAUUUACAACUUCUGAUACCGUCCCGCGAACUUGUUAAAUACCCUCAGGUGAAAACACUUCAAAUGACUUGAGAAAGAUUUACUUGAAAAUGGCGACGCCGAAAAGCAUGAAGUCGUUUCGAUCAUGGAGUUCUGUCGAUUCUGUGGACCCAAACGAUGUCCGCCAUCUCUGUGAGACGGAAAACGAUCCCACCGCCCAGAAGCCCUCGCCCGGCGGGCGCUGUGUCAGCACGUGGACUUUUUCUUUGAUCGUUUUGAUCAUCAGUGUGUUUCUGCUUGCUGGAAUAUUCGUGGGAUACUAUAUCAGAGAUGGUCAAAACUAUCCAGGUCCUAAGGAUGUGCCAUGCAAUUUUACGUUUCGAUCAGACGGAUUUCGGCCUGAUCUUUUGGAAAUGGUUCAUGAAAAUGUCAUGUAUCUGAUGUCGGGAGAGAGGGUUAGGGACACAGCUGGAGAUAUGACAUCAAAGAACAACCAGAAGUCAGGUAGUUUGCUAGAUAAUAAAAUGGUCCAGUAUAUCUCGGAACAUUUGAAGAACUCGGGUGUGGAUAAAGUGGAAACAAUCCAGUACAGUGUAGAAGUUAUCUCCCUUGAUCCAGAAAAUCCUUCUUCUAUAACACUGAGAAAGAAUGACCAGGAGAUAUUAUCAUUACAAUAUGGAAACAAAAAUCCAGCAGGACAAAAUAACUCUGAGCUGGGAGAGGAAGACCCAGUGGUAGCAGUUCCAGGGAGGGCAACGGGAAAUCUUGUGUAUGGAUUUUAUGGCAGAAGACAAGAUUUGUAUUUUGUAAAGAAAGCAAACAUCACUCUAAAAGACAGUGUUUUACUUCUAAAAAUUGGAAGAACUAGCAUCCUAGAAAAGCUGAGACUGGCAGCCUCAGUGGAAGUGUCAGGGAUACUGCUGUAUCAGGACCCCUCCCACUACCCCGCAUCACAAGAGGAACUCUACUCUGCCUCUCACCAACUCAGUAACAAAUAUUUUCCGAUACCAGUACAAGUAGUUUCAAGGCGUGAUGCAGAUAGUCUACUGAAAUCUCUUCAGAAUGAAGGAGUUAUUGCCCCUGAAGAAUGGGUAACUCCUGCAGGGGUUAAACAAUAUAUCGGUGUAAUCCCAAACAAGACAAUUUCUCCGGUUGUUGUGGAUCUGCAAGUGAAUGUGGUACAGAGAGAGGAGACCAUAACAAACGUGAUGGGCAGUAUAUAUGGGGACAUGGAGCCAGAUCGCUUUGUUGUUAUUGGGGCCACAAGAGACGGACCAUCAGGAAGUGAUGAAGAUGAAAACCUGGGCCUUGGGACUGCUCAUAUGUUGGAAAUGGCUCAGGCAUUCACAAAUAUAAAGUUAUCAGAAAAGUGGGGCCCCAGAAGGGGUAUACGAUUCUGUUCAUGGGGUGGUGGAAAAGAGCAAAGAGGACUAAUAGAGUUCUUAAAGUCAAAUCGAUAUGUUUUCGGAGCACAGACUAUAGCAUACAUUGACCUUGACCUCUACAUAGAAAGGUCACUAGCUGAUGAUACAGUGUUUGAAGUUUCCUCAAACCCAGCCCUGAAUAGACUCAUCCAACAUAUUUUACAUCAGGUUCCUCAUCCUGAAGGUAAACAGCUGAGUAUAGCAGACUGGCAGUUUGACAAACUCGUCAGUCAGUUUGUAGCGCACGGAAAUCUGGUAGUCCGCAACAUGGUGCAAAGGCUGGGGGUACCAGUUGUCAGUGUCGCAUACCGAGUCAGUCAGAAUUCUGAUAACAAAGAAACCUCAUCGGUCCUUCGUGACUCUCUUCAUCAUGACCAGUACCACCUUGCCGCCGCCAGAGUUAUCUCCCUUUUGGCUCUUCAUCUGAUGGACAAUUACCACCUUCCUCUUGACAUGAUCAACUACACCAAGUUUAUUCAUGAUGUUUUUGCCAGAAGUCUUGUUGAUCUGUCAAAUGCUAAGGAAAAAGUGGAUGUUGGAAAGUUGCACGAAUAUAUUGACGACUUGACACGAGUUGGAAAGGCUUUUGAGAAUUAUGUCACCUCGGAAGUUUACACCCAAGUUCCUCUCGGAAGUAGGAGAAUGAACGAUAUCAAGAUGGGAGUGGACAAAAUCAUGACUUCUCCACAUGAUUUUAGGUAUAGAAGUUCUCUGCUGUAUGCCACAGCCUCUGAUGGGAGUUCUUCUCUGAUUAAGGAAGCCCUACAGGCAGCAGAAAUCACUGGUGAUUGGACAGAAGUGCAGUGUAUUGUGAACACUGUUAACAGGGCUAUACAGGAAUUGAGGUCAUAUCUUCAGCUCUCCUGAAAAACGAAAACAAUUUCCCCAAAAGGAGGUCAAAUGAGAAUUCUCGAAGUGCCAAAUGUUACCCACCCCCCUGCAGAUCUCAGUUUGCAGCAUUUGUUUAGAGUUUAUAUAUCUUCCUAAGAGAAGGCAAUUAUUACAGAUAACAGCCAGAAUUGAGACACUUAAAUAUAAUGUAUAUUUGUGUAUGCUGAAAGAAAUGUGCAUACUGUAAAUCACUUUUUAUUCGCGAGAACUUUAUUUUCGCGUAAUUACGCUUGGUAAUGCGUUCGAGAAAAUUUAUUUCUCGCGUAUAAAAGUAUUCCAUACGAUUAUAUAGAGGAAUAACAACUAUUCGUGAAAAUUACGUCUUGCUUACAAAGAGUCAAUGACAAUCUCGCGAAAAUAAGGUGUCGCGAAAAUUUAGUGAUCUACAG